GUUUAAUAGCGUCAAUCAGAUAGUUAUUUCAACGAGAAGUUGAUCAUCUUGAACGACAGGAAAUCGCAUUUUACAAAUAAUCAAUCAAAAUGAUGAAGCUCGCUGUAAUGUUGUUGGCCGCUAGCAUUGCUGUGACCAUGGCUCACCCAGCAUUCCUGGAGCCGGAGGAGUCCGUCGUCACCGAGGAAACUUCCGAUGUGACAGAGGCACCGAUGUUGGAGACAACGAUCAGUGAGGACGACGACAUCACGACGGAUUCAGUAGAAAUAGUCGUUUAUUCCUAUGAGAACGGCUCUGAGAGCAUCGAGGAGGAUUCAGUAUACAGUCUUCUUCCAAAAUUAGCUGAAGCGAUGAACCGCAAGGAUGAAGUCUAUUUCACAUCAAUGGACAAUAUUCGCCAAAACUUUGCGAUGGUGGAGACGUCUCCAGCUGAUAUUGAAGUACCAACGGAGGCACCCUAAAGUUCCUCUGAAGGAGCAGGAUUAUUCUCCAUACUCCAGGAGCAUCGAUUCCGCGACUGAAAAAUAGUUAUUAAUACUUAUUCCUCAUCUGUAAUUACAAUCCAGGCAAAAUACAC